CUUUCGACGAGAGGUGAGGAACAUUGAAUUGGGCGGACUGGGUCAACCAAUCGUUUGAUAUUCAUCAUGGUUGCCCUUCGCGGUUCCAUGUCGCUGGGACUCUUGGUCCUGGCCCUGUUUGUCGCUGUCGCCACAGCGAGGGAGGUGAGGAACCGUCGCGACUUGGAGACUGCGGCUACCCAUCAUCAUCAUCACGAAAAGGGUGGCGGCGAGGAGCAUCAUUCCGAUCAUCACCACCAUCACGGUCACAAGGGUGAUAAGGGAUACAAGAGUCAUCACGAGCACGAGAAGGGACACAAGGGUCAUCACGACAAGGAGGGACAUCAUGGCCACUACGACGAGCACGGUGGUCACAAGAAGGGUCAUCACCAUCAUGACGGGUACCACGGGGAGCACCAUCACGGCGAGAAGGGCGAGAAGGGUCACAAGUACGGGGAGAAGGGUCACUACGGCAAGGGACACAGCACCCACGGUCAUCACGAGGUGAAGAAACUGGACGAGUACAAGAAGGACAAGGAAUUCCAUGACGAGCAUCACGACCACGGUCAUCACGAGCAUCACGGAGGACAUCAUCACGAGCACGGUCACAAGAAGGGUGGUCAUCACAAGAAGGGUCAUCAUCACGGAGGCCAUCACGAGGAUCAUUACGGAAAGAAGGGCCAUCAUGAGAAGGGUCAUCAUCAUCACGAUCACAAGGGACACAAGCACUCCGGCGGACACGACGACCAUCAUCAUCAUCAUCAUGAGCAUGGAAAGAAGGGUGGUCAUGAAGAUCACAAGCAUUGGUCCUUCAAGAAGGGACACUAAGCUAAUGAGAUACCACCAGCUGAUUAGCGAUCUUACGUAUCGCGAGCACUUUCCAGCAGGUGCGCGGAUCCUUGAGCUGUUGCUAUUGUUAUCCCUGUUGUUUUAGUCAUAAUUCAUUGUUAUUGUUGACUAUUUAUAAAAGAACUUAGACAACGCUAUAAA